AUGGCGGUCAACGUCCCUGGCCUGGUGGCCAUUGUGUUCUUCUACCUGGUCAUCCUCAUCGUAGGCAUCUGGGCGGGACGAAAGGGCGGCGGCCAGCAAAAGGACUCGCAGAGCGUCACCGUUGGCGAGCAGUCCAACAUCAUGCUCGCCGGGAGAAACAUCGGCCUCUUUGUCGGCGUGUUCACAAUGACAGCCACCUGGGUAGGCGGAGGGUACAUCAACGGCACCGCCGAGGUAGUCUACGUGAGCGGCCUCGCCUGGUGCCAGGCUCCCUUCGGCUACGCCAUCAGCCUUGCCAUCGGUGGGAACCUCUUCGCCGUGAAGAUGCGUAACGCCGGCUACAAAACGAUGCUGGACCCUUUCCAGCAGCACUUCGGAACCCGCAUGGGUGGACUGCUCUUCCUUCCGGCACUCUGCGGCGAGGUGUUCUGGUCAGCCGCCAUUUUAGCCGCCUUGGGUGCGACCGUGGAGGUGAUCCUGGAAUUCGAGCGAAGAGAGUCGGUGAUCGCUUCCGCCUGCAUCGCCCUCUUCUACACAUUCACUGGCGGCCUCUACUCCGUGGCCUACACGGACGUCGUCCAGCUGGUUGCCAUAUUUUUCGGACUGUGGCUGUGCCUUCCGUUCGCCAUGUUUCACGAAGCCGUGGGCGUAAUAUCGUACCCCAGGAAUGACUUCAUCGGCACCGUUGAGUGGCAAGACUUCGGCAUCUACUGGGAUUCCAUGCUACUACUCAUGAUGGGGGGCAUACCAUGGCAGGUGUACUUCCAGCGGGUGUUGUCCAGCCGCACGGCCGAAGGUGCUGAGCUACUUUCGUACAUGGCUGCGCUAGGUUGCCUGUUCAUGGCCAUUCCACCAGUGGUCAUCGGUGCUGUGGCUAAGGCCGCCACAUGGAAUUUCACAGCCGCGGGCUACACGAAGCCUGUGCCGCUCGUGGGAGAGGCGAGCUCGCUGACGCUGCCGCUGGUGCUACAAUAUCUCACGCCGGGCUUCGUGUCCGCCAUGGGGCUGGGCGCUGUCUCGGCGGCGGUCAUGUCCUCGUCAGACUCUUCCAUCCUCAGUGCGGCUUCCAUGUUUGCCUGGAACAUCUACAGGCUCACCUUGAGACAGCAGGCGUCGGACAGAGAGGUGAUCUGGGUGAUGCGCUUAUCCAUCGUAGGCGUGGGCGCACUAGCCACCUACAUGGCGCUCACAGCGGAGUCGGUGUACGCCCUAUGGUACCUGUCCUCGGAUCUUGUCUACGUCAUCCUCUUCCCUCAGCUGCUGUCCGUCGUCUACUUGAAGGACUACGUGAACACGUACGGGUCGCUGGCCGCGUACCUGGUGGGCGGCUUCUUCCGCGCGGCUGGCGGCGAGGCCCUCCUGGGCAUUCCGGCCUUCAUCUACUACCCGUACUACGACAACGAGUUGCAGCUGCAGCGAUUCCCCUUCCGCACCUUCUCAAUGUGCAUGUGCUUCAUCACGCUGAUCGCCGUCUCGCUGUUGGCCAGCUGGCUCUUCAAUAACGUCCUGCCGCCCUCCGCGGACAUCUUCCGGUGCUUCACUGGCGAGAAAGAGAAACCGCUAGGUGGACGGCGUACCGUGCUCACCGGCUCUGUCUCCGGAUCCGGCAAGCGCGCUAUCUCUUCUGGAGAGCAGCCAAUCAGCUCAGGCGGCCAGUUGACGAGGACUGACACCACCACCGCGGGCAAGGUGGCUUCUGGGUUUUCAUCUGACGGGUCUCGUCAGGGCAUUUCUACUUCGGCCGACACGGUGGCGGAACCCAAGGCCCCGGUGCCAUCCCGAAAAAGCAGCAAGGGAAGCAAAGGGGCAAGUAGCAGCGAGAGUAGCCGCGCAAGCCAACGACGCAAGAAGGGCCGGAAGCAGAAGCGGUCUCCGCCCUCGGAGGAAGCCACGUCGUCAUCGGAGGCAAGCCGGAAGAGAAAGCGACGCGGCAAGAAAUCGGAACCUACGCCGGACACGUCCACGUCUCCGGACGGGGAAAGUCGUUCGUGA